ACCACUAGAUCAGAACAUCUAGCCUUCGUCACCCAAUUAUUGCCUGCAUGGUACUGACAAAUACUACUCUCGUAUUCAUCAAUCCUGCGGCAGAUAAAAAUUGUAUUGUGAUUCGUUACGUUGCGUUGCAAGAGUACAGUACUUACCGACUCCUCAAGACUUCUCCAAUGAAGUCUAUGAUCAGUUACUUAGUGCUGCGCAGUAACCAGCUUACAAUUUUCUCGAUCGAUUAUAUAUUGCCCGUCAUACUAGUAUUGAGCUAUUUCCCAGUUAGCCAGCCCUGAACAAAUUGGCGAAAGCACAGCUAUCUUCUUCUAACCCUUUUCCGUCGAUACUGCCCAAGGGAUGCACAUCCUACCUCAUGAUCAGCACGAUAACUAAGCUGAGAGAUUUUGAGACACAUGAAGUAAAGACGACCCAUUCAUGACCCAUCUUUAGAUAGAUGUUAGAGAUCUAGCUAUCUGUAUCCCUAGCAUGGGAUAGGAUGG